UUGACAUAUGAUUUUUAUUAUCUCAGAAACUUCAAGGUGUUCUAGAUUUUGGACAUAGACUUCCGUUGCCUCAAGCUGUUCUUAUCAACGGUCGUCCAAACGGCACAACAUUCACAAUCGAACAAGGGAAGACAUACAGGCUUAGAAUAUCAAAUGUUGGACUUGAAAACACUCUCAACUUCAGGAUCGAAGGCCACAGCAUGAAGUUGGUGGAAGUUGAGGGAACUCACACCAUCCAAACCAAGUAUUCCUCGUUAGAUGUUCAUGUGGGACAGUCUUAUUCUGUGCUUAUCACAGCCGAUCAAGCGCCAAAGGACUACUACAUUGCAGUGUCCACUCGUUUCACUGACAAAAUCAUCACGAGCACUGCCAUCCUUCACUACAGUAACUCCCAACAAUCUGUUUCUGGCACAAUCCCUGGUGGCCCAACCGAUCAGAUCAAUUGGUCCAUCGAACAAGCUCGUUCGAUCAGGACAAACUUGACAGCAAGUGGACCAAGGCCAAAUCCUCAAGGCUCUUACCAUUACGGUUUGAUUAACAUCAGUAGGACAAUUACAUUGUCGAGCUCAGCGGCACAAGUCAAUAAGAAACAGAGAUAUGCAGUGAACAGUGUGUCGUUCGUACCAGCUGACACUCCUUUGAAGCUCGCCGAUUACUUCAAGAUUGGUGGGGUUUUCAAAGUUGGAAGCAUUCCCGAUACCCCUUCUCGUAAACCCAUGUAUCUUGACACCUCAGUCAUGGGUGCCGAUUUUCGAGCAUUCGUUGAGAUCGUGUUUCAGAACAACGAGAACAUUGUCCAGAGCUGGCACAUCGACGGAUACUCCUUCUGGGUUGUAGGAAUGGAUGGUGGUGUGUGGACAGCUAAAAGUCGAAACGAGUACAACCUCAGAGAUGCAGUGUCAAGGAGCACGACACAGGUGUAUCCCAAGUCAUGGACUGCAAUUUACAUGGCACUGGAUAAUGUGGGUAUGUGGAAUGUGAGGAGUGAAUUUUGGGCACGACGAUACCUUGGACAGCAAUUUUAUCUGCGAGUGUAUUCGCCAGUUGGAUCCGUCAGGGAUGAAUACCCAAUUCCCAAAAAAGCUCUUCUUUGUGGCAAAGCAGCAGGAAGAACAAGUAGAUGAGAAUCAAAUCAAUCAAUCUCAAACACCUAUGAUGUCUGUCAGUAGCCUAGUUAUGCAGGGACUCUCUUGGUUUCAUUCUUUGCAAAUUUCUUCACCAUUUCUUUGUAUCGAUGCUUUGGCACCAUCCUGUAUUGUAAUAAUUGAAUUGUUACCAUUGAUUUAUUUUUUAAACAAAUAAAUUUCUCACAU